CGGUUGCCUCAGAACGCUCCCGGCUCGGUAGGAGCCCAUCCCCCGGGCGCACCUGUCCGGUGGGACAAGGCCCGGGCAGAUCUUCCCCCGCGCCGGCCACACGCCCCGCGGGAGCCGCCUGCCCGCUCCGAUGGGAAUUUGGGAAGGGGCUGUCGCGACAGCGGCGACCCGACCCGCGAGGUGCCGGGCAGGAGAGGUGGCUGAGGAUGCGAGGAUGGGGAAUCCCUGCUUGGGAUGCUGCCUGCAGCUCUCCCGCCUCGCGCAUCAUCCCCUCUCCAUCGCCAGCGCAGGUGAGGGGCAUUCCCCGGGCCGUGGGGAAAACGGGAGCUACAAGGGAAAGGUUUGGGUCUGAAAAGGAGAAUUCCAUGGUUUUUAUCUCUGCAGCUGCAAACUAGCUUAGACAUCAUCCCGGAGCUCCUGGUGGAAAUCCCAGCGGAGAGGAGAGAUUCCUGCUGGGAGUUUUCUCCGGCGUCACCCUCCGGGGAGGGGGGACGGAGGGCGGGCAAAGUUCGGCUCCUAUAAAGGCAGCUCUGGUCCUCUUCAUUCAUUCAUCCCCCUGGCAGCAGCACGUCCGGGCUCUGCGGAAGAGCCGGGAGCGAAUCGUGCCCCGAAGCCGCGGGGUUUGUGCGGGAUGCCGAGCGCAGCGAUGCCCGCGGCCGCCCUCACCUGCCUGCAGCUCCUGCUGCUCCUCUCGGCCGCGGAUUGCCGGCCCCACACGUGGGACCAGGACCGCUUCCAGCUGGAAGCCGUCAAAAAGGAGAUCCUGGAGCGGCUGGGAAUGCCGGCUCCCCCCGCCGCCCGCCGCCAGCUGGACCAGGAGAGCAUCCGGAGAGCGCAGCGGCUCUACCGGCAGAGAGUGGCGGAGCUGGCGGGGAACCGGAGCCGGGAGGAGGAGGAGGAGGAGGAAGCCGUGCCCAGGAGCCGGCGGCUGCACCGCCUGACCCCCACCUUGUUGCGCUGGCCGGACAUCCCCCAGGGACACGAGGACCCUCAAGGCCACCGCGACGCCCAGGGACACCGGGAGCCCCCGGGUCCCUACCGCUACCACCUCCUGCUGUCCCGCACGGCGGAUUUCCACCGGCAGCUCCGCGUGGUGCAGGCGGAGCUGAAGCUCCUGCAGCGGCCGCUGUCCCCUCCCGGCGCCUCGGUGCCACCGCGGGUCACCAUCUCCACCCUGCGGGGGGCUGAGGGCACCCCCCAGCUCCUGUGCAGCCAGGAGCUGCGGCGGGAUUCCCGCAGCCUGGACCUGACAGCAGCCAUCCAGCCCUGGGCGGAGGGGCCCGAGGCCGCGCUGCGCCUGGAGCUGCAGUUCAACACCGACAUCUCGGCUGCCCUGGCCACCUCCGGGGGCGACACGCUGGUGCUGGAGGUGGAAACCCUGGAGAAGGCACCUCGGGCGGCCAGGAGAGCCCGGGGGCUGGAGGAGGAGUGCGGGAGGAGCGAGGGGAAGUGCUGCCUGAAGUCGCUGAAGGUCUCCUUCCAGGACAUCGGCUGGUCGGACUGGGUGAUCGCCCCCAACAGCUACUACAUGAGGUUCUGCGAGGGCUCCUGCCCCCACAACUACAAACCGGCCAGCAUGCACGCCCAGAUCAAAUCCAGGGUGCACUCCCUGUCCAAGGCUGCGCCCCCGCCCUGCUGUGUCCCUGCUGGGUACGACCCCAUGGUGCUGAUGCACCUGGACAGCGAGGGCAGGCUGGUGUCCAGCCUCUUCGAGGACAUGCUGGUCACCAGGUGCCACUGUGCCUGACAGCUCCGGCUUUGCCCGUCCCGCUGGGGCAGAGCCGUCCUGGCUCCUGGCAGCUCCAGCACCCCAAAAUCCUGUGGCACCGAGGGACUCCAGCCCUGGAUCCAGCACUGAGCUCAGCCAGGGAGCUCCAGCAUCCCAAAAUCCAGCUCCUGUGGCACCAAACGAAUCCACACCAGCCCUGGAUCCAGCACUGAGCUCAGCCAGGCAUCCCCAGCUCCAGCAUCCCAAAAUCCAGGUUUUGUGGUACCAAGUGACUCCACACCAACCCUGGAUCCAGCACUGGGCUCAGCCCUGGGGUCUCCAGCUCCAGCACCCUAAAAUCCUGUGGCACCAAGUGACUCCACGCCAGCCCUGGCUCUGUUCAGCCCUGGGCUCUCCAGCUCUGCCACCCAGCUCAGCCCCAGCAUCUCCAGUUGUGACCUCUCUACCAAAAUAACUUAUUCCCCUGGCUCUUCUCUACUUUAAAUCCAUAUUUUGUUGUGCAGGUGGAUCCUUCCCACCCAAGAGACCCCGAAGGGCUGGGGUGGGUCCGUGCCCAGGUGUCCAUAUCCCACUCCAAACCUUCUCUGCUCAGAGACUUAUUUAUGCAACCCAGUUAUUUAUUUCUAACUUAUUGUAUUUUAUAGCAAAAUAUCCCUUUUUUUUGGGAGGGAAAGAGGGAAGGGUUUUGUGGUUUUCUAAUUUAUAUAUUUCUAUAAAACCAGAAGGAUGUAAUAAUAAUGAAUAAAGUGAU